UACUUAUUUCGAACAAUGUGUUUAUUUAGUUAAUGUAUAUAGUAUUUUGGUUUAAAUUUAUCAAUUACUAAAUUUAAACAAAUUUAAUAUAAUUUUUUAAAGGCAUUUAAAUGUUUUUGAAUUAUCAGGACUUAUUACAUCCAGAAUUCUUAACUGAAUGGACACUACGUGAAAUUUUGAAAAGCAAAUGUAUCGAUACAUCAAAUAUUUUUAAUAUGGAAAAAGCAGAUUUGAUAGAAAUGUUUAAAAGAGUAGCAUUGCCAAUGCCACAAAGACAAUGCAAUGAGGGAAGGCCUUUAGGAAAGAAACUUAAUGAUCUAAGGAUCUCCAGAAACAUUGAUAUUGCUACAAGUGAAGAACAUAUUUUAUACGAAACUGCAUUGUAUAAUAAUAAACUUACUGACAAAAGGUGGAGCCGUAAAAAACCGAUGCAAUGUCUCGAAGAUUCAACGCCAAAAAAAAUGCAUUUUUCCAACUGCCGAUUUGAAACAACUGGCUCUCUAGAAAAUGAUGCUAAACGAAAAAUAAAUAAACAAGAAGUUACAGCACAGACAGAAAUCAGCAAACGCCAGAAAAUUUCAUGGCCGUAAUGAGUUCUUAUUUUAUACUUUAACAUAAUUCUAUUAAACUCAAGGACGAAUUUUUAUACCACUUUGAUAUUUAACAAAUUAAGCAACAAAUUUUUUACAAACACUUUGUGCAACUAUCAAAGAAUUGUGAUUGACAUAUUUUCGAAAUAGUGUAAAUAUUGU